GUGUGUAUCAUCGAGUGCAAAAGCAACGUUUCUCCUUCUCACUCCUGGGACAUCUGCCGUAAAGCACUCACUUCUUCUUCCCUUGACGGUACCAUGACAAAAAGAUCCCAAGAAGAAGCUGAUGUUCUACUUCCUAAAGAAGAAGAGCAAAUAGAUGGGGGCCUGUUACUGCCCAUCGAGUUACAACGAUUCAACCAUUUCACCCGCGCACUCGACGUUAACGACAGAAGCCUGGUUAGCAAGAGCAGCCAGCUGAGCAGCAUCUUGGAUUCCCAGAAUGAUCUGUCACUUGCCAAUGAGUAUGAAGAAGAGGAGGCCGAGCAAGGAGAGGAUGUUGGCGUGGCUGCAAAAGGACAGAGUGAUCCAGAGCUUAGCCUCUCCAAGAGGUUUGGUGGCUUCGUCAAAGGAAGGCACGGCUACAGAAGGUUGAUGUAUCCAGGAAGGUCUUACCAGAAGAGGUAUGGGGGCUUCAUUGGCAUUAGAAAGUCUGCCCGCAAGUGGAACAACCAAAAAAGGUUCAGCGAGUUCCUGAAGCAGUACCUGGGCAUGACCACCCGGGCCACUGAGUUCAACAGUGUUUCAGGAGACCUGGCCCAGCAGAAUGAAGUUUAAGGGAGCGCACCAAUCACCAGAUGUGUUUCAGUGAUCUACUUUUGUAAUGUUUGAACAUUUCAGAGUUCAUCUGGAAACCUUAAAGUCACAUAUUUAAAUAAAGUACAUAAAAAAGGCAAAGCCAUUAUUUAAGACUCCAAUUUUAGACCUAGUUUUACCGAGACAUAUGAAUAGCCUUUUCCUUUUCUCAUCCGUUGUCUCUACUGAUAAGAAGUCUCAAAACCCCUGGAUACUGAAAAGUGUAUCAUUUAAGUAUUUUAGAGGAACACAAAAGAAAAUAAAGAAUAGAAAAGCUUUUGUUUUCCAAAACCAUUUUCCAUCUAACCUUCUGUAGACAUUCAGACAGAUGGAGGAAUCAUUCCACCAUUUGUCAGUCCAUCCAUCUCCUCCCUCUAUUUUUUUUCAGUGUCUGGAUAAAUUAGUACUUAAACCAAUGGCAGGGAAAUAUACACAUUUGUGUCUGAGAAAGUGUGGAACUUUGACAUGGAAAUUUGUGGAAAUCCUGUGUUCAACCCUCCUCUCCACCAUUUACUCCCCUCUUGCACAAUAAAUGUAUUUAUUGUUUUAGUGGAUUGGCUGUUGAAGCUCUUCUUGAGAUUUGCCAAAAAAAGAAAUAUUAAAAAACCUUAAGCUUUGAUAUUUACUGAAGCUCUAAUACAGAUUAAAAUUUAUGUUUGUUUACAUUUGUUUUGUACAUUUUUAUGGAUGAAAAUUUGAACCCUUUCUUUUUCGAAUGUCGCCAUCUAGUGGACAAAUACUUAUAGCAGGUCUCUGUAAUUGCUUUUUUUUUUGUUUUUUUUGUUUUCUUACCUAUUUUUUCACCCAUGUUCUGGUGUUUUGUGAUAAGAGCUUUGUCAGAUGUGUAUCUUUAUGUGAUUUAUGCUGAAUAAAUUAAAAUGUUUGAAUCGACACUCAUAUUUUGUUAGUUGAAAUCUCCUUGAUAAUAGUUAUGAUACAGAUAAAUCAAAGUAAUUUGACUUUAACGACUCUAGACAGCACCCACCAUUCAUCACUUAUGUUGUGCAUUGCUGAGCAUAUAUUUAAUGGCCUCUUGUGUUUAAUAACUUGUGUGUAAAGAUUGUCUCUAAGCUGUACUGAUGUAAAAUGUUUCCGUUGACCUGGGGGAGUUGGUGUAAAUAGCUAAAUGAAACAUGAUAAUAAAUAUAGUUUACUAUUUCUUUUGUGGCUUUUCAUGCAGCAACUGAUUUGGUGUCUUGAAGCAUUUUGUUCCUUACAUCUAUACUGCACUUUAUAUAGCUAUCUAAGAGUGUGCUUUUGCUUUU